AUGCAGACUGGCUGCGGAAUGGCUCUGUCCAGGGGAUUGAGGUGUUGUCAGCGAGUCCUAGCCUGGGUGCCCGUAGUCAUCAUCUCCCUGGUCGUGCUUUGGUCGUAUUACGCCUAUGUGUGUGAGCUGUGCCUGGUGACUAUAGAAAAUGCUUUAGAGAGAGCUUUAUACCUCUUCAUAUUUCAUAUAAUGUUUUUACUCUUUAUUUGGACAUACUGGAAAGCAAUUUUUACUCCUCCUAAAGAGCCAACAAAAAAGUUUUUGCUGCCUUAUGCUGAAAAGGAGCGAUAUGACAGUGAGGAGCGCCCAGAGGUUCAGAGGCAAAUACUUGCUGAGUUUGCAAAGAAGCUACCCGUUUUAUACCCGGACAGCAAAUGGAGCAAUUCGUUUCUGUGAUCGGUGCCAGGUGGUGAAGCCUGAUCGCUGCCAUCACUGCUCUGUGUGUGGGAUGUGCGUCCUAAAGAUGGACCAUCAUUGCCCAUGGGUGAACAACUGUAUUGGAUUUUCUAACUACAAAUUCUUCUUGCUGUUCCUGGCAUAUUCCAUGCUGUACUGUUUGUACAUUGCUUCUACAGUUUUUAAGUACUUCCUGCUUUACUGGUCGGGUGAACUAGCAAAUAACCGUGCAAAAUUUCAUGUCCUUUUCCUUCUUUUUGUUGCUUUGAUGUUCUUCUUGAGCCUUAUGUUUCUCUUUGGAUAUCAUUGCUGGUUAGUCAGUCUAAACAGAACUACCCUUGAGGCCUUCUCAGUCCCAGUGUUUUACAGUGGUCCUGAUAAAAAUGGCUUCCACCUGGGCAUUAGAAAGAACUUGGAGCAAGUGUUUGGGAAGCAGAAAAAAUCUUUGGUUAAUUCCUGUCUUCACAAGGUAGGCUACCAGAUUUUUGUACACAUCGAUAAUAUUUUAUCAUGGUGUUGGUCAGCUUACAUGGUAUAG